CCUCCCGGGGCAGCUCGCACGGCCACAGGGACGCACGGCCGCCGUGGCCUCCGUCCAGCGCGCAGGCCCUCGCGGAGGAUGUCAUGGCACCUGGCGGAGGCCUGGCCUAGCAUGGCCAGCGCGUUGCCCGACGUCGCCUCCGGCUAGGAUGGCCCCCCCGGGUCCGGCCGGCGCGCACCCCACCUCGGCCGAGCCGCUGUCCCGCAGCAUCUUCCGGAAGUUCUUGCUGAUGCUUUGCUCCCUGCUCACGUCCCUUUACGUCUUCUACUGCCUGGCCGAGCGCUGCCAGACCCUGUUGGGCCCCGUCGUGGGGCAGUCGGGUGGCGGCGAGGAGGUGGGCGCGGCGGGUCGUGGCGUCCUGGCCGUAGGCCCGAGGGAGCUGGCGGUGUGGCCGGCGGCGGCGCAGAGAAAGCGCCUCCUGCAAGUGCAGCAGUGGCGGAGGCGCCGGCCGCCCGCGCGGCGGGACGGCGGCGAGGAGGCGCCCUGGGAGGAGGAGUCCCCCGCGCUGGCCGGGGCUCCUGGAGGCUCCGGGGCUGGGAGCAGCGUGGCCGAGACCCCGCCGGGGACCCUGGCCCUGCUGCUGGACGAAGGCAGCAAGCAGCUGCCUCAGGCUAUCAUCAUCGGCGUGAAGAAGGGCGGCACGCGGGCGCUGCUGGAGUUCCUGCGCGUGCACCCCGACGUGCGCGCCGUGGGCGCCGAGCCCCACUUUUUCGACCGCAGCUACGACAAGGGCCUCGCCUGGUACCGGGAGCUGAUGCCCAGAACCCUGGACGGGCAGAUCACCAUGGAGAAGACGCCCAGCUACUUCGUCACCCGGGAGGCGCCGGCGCGCAUCUCGGCCAUGUCCAAGGACACCAAGCUCAUCGUGGUGGUGCGUGACCCGGUGACCAGGGCCAUCUCGGACUACACGCAGACGCUGUCCAAGCGGCCCGACAUCCCCACCUUCGAGAGCCUGACGUUCCGCAACCGCAGCGCGGGCCUCAUCGACACGUCGUGGAGCGCCAUCCAGAUCGGCAUCUACGCCAAGCACCUGGAGCACUGGCUGCGCCACUUCCCGCUCGGCCAGAUGCUCUUCGUGAGCGGCGAGCGGCUCAUCCGCGACCCGGCCGGCGAGCUGGGCCGCGUGCAGGACUUCCUGGGCCUCAAGAGGAUCAUCACGGACAAGCACUUCUACUUCAACAAGACCAAGGGCUUCCCCUGCCUGAAGAAGGCCGAGGGGAGCAGCAAGCCCCACUGCCUGGGCAAGACCAAGGGCAGGACGCACCCCGACAUCGACGGCGAGGUGGUGCGCAGGCUGCGCGACUUCUACCGGCCCUUCAACCUCAAGUUCUACCAGAUGACCGGGCAGGACUUCGGCUGGGACGGAUAAUGAUAUAAUUUAAAAAGAAAAAAGAAAAUAUCAAGAUAUAAUAUAUUUUUUUACCAAUCGGUAGAGAAAAAGGCCGUUUAAUACUUGUGCUGAAAAUAUUGGUUUCAGUAUUUUUUUCAAUGAAUGUUAAGGGAUUUUCUCGCCUCCGCCCCAUCUUCCUGUUUCACUCACGCCAAACAUUUGGAUAAACAAGGAAAACUUCACUUACCUACACACUUUCAGUUUUCAAUGUGUAUUUUAUGUUUUAUGUACACAAUUAUAAAGCAUGAGCAUCAGUUGCCGUUAAAACUUUGAAGAAAAUCUGGAGAACAAACCUCUCUCCCUCUCUAUUGAAAGGCCCCUAGAACACUGAUAUCUUUCUAACCUUAUGCUUUUCUCCCUCUAUUUUUUUUUCUGUGCCAUUUUAAAAAAAACACUUCCCAAUUAAUGAUACUGCAUGUUUGCACACCAUUUCCCAGUUGUCUCAGUGCUUUCAAAUAAAACACCUUUUUCCAUCCUUACUCUGCUAAAUUCUCUAAGAACGGUACACAAAUAUUAUUGUCCCCAUUUUACAGAUAAGGAAGCUGAGUCUCAGGAAGGUUACAGGACUUAAAGCCAGAUGGUGGCCCCUGGACAAAACCCCAUCUUCCACUUGUUCCUAGUUGAUGCCACAUUUCCCCGGGGGGAUGGGAAAUAGCCUCUGUACCUUUAGAAAUGGUUAGCUAGCUGGGGACAGGGAAGGUUUCCUACUGCUUUCUCAGUGCCAGGCUGACCUCAUGGCAUUCAGUCACAAGGAGUCACAAAUGUUCAAGGAAACCACUCAGACCUGGACACGACACCAUUCAAGAGCAGACGUUGGCUUGGUAAAGUACCCUGAGACGUGGAAAUCUCAGCUUGAUUGAGGGUGAGGGAAAUUAUGGGAUUCUUGUAUGGAGAUAAAAGUGGCAAUCACAAUAGGAACAGGACAAUAUAUGGUAGGAGCAUAAUUCACGUACUGGUUGUUCGACUUUUUUCUUUUUAAGUAAAACCUUGACUUCAGUAAGAGCUUAUAGGUAUGAAUCUCAUUUUCCUUGACCUCCUUUUUAACGAAGGAAAUCUGCUUCUCUUUGAACUGUUUCAUUUCUACCCUUGGAGCUAGAAAGAAUAUAAUAAAUGUUUUAUUUACAGCACCAUUAUUUUUCAUGGGUGGCAGAAUGUCACUUUGUCACUUUAAUUUUUCCCCAUUUCCUACUCACACCACAUAUAACCUAGUGUUCAUUAAUAUUUGGAAAUUAUUCUAAGAAAUACAGAUGUGGGUAAAAUGGUGGAUUUUCUUCUAUCUGUUUUUGCCCAUCCCCCAUUUAAAUAGCUCAAAUAAAUCAAUAGUUUAUUAAGAGUAUUCCUUUUCUCUCUGAGUGGGCAUUAACAAGAUUAGCAUUAAUGGGAAUUAAAUUGGUUUAGAGAGGAGCACAUAUGUGCAAAAUAUAUAAAACAUUUAUAAUUAGUCUGUCAGCCACAUUUUAUUACAGGUUUAAACCCAAGAGGAAAAUGUCUCCUGUCUCAUGGACGUUUUCCACAUCUGCCAAAAUUUAAAGGACCAGACACUCUAGUAUUCUAAAAUAAUAUUCUUUUUCUCUUCCAAUGUUGUCAAUUAAAAGAAACUGAAGUUGUUUUAAUAUAUGUGGUACAAGUGUGCAUUUGCCAUAGAUACUACAUUCAGCUGAAGUAAAUAUCACUUGAGAAGAUGGAUAAAGGAUUAAAAUGAAGGAGAAAAAAAUAAUUUGAGUUUCUAGUCUUUCCAUCAUUGCCCCACCUCUCUGGAUUUAUAUGCUAAUAUCCCAUUUAGAGGAGUUAAGAAACCCCAAAUCCAGGUCCCCUUUUCCAGCUGAUUUCCUUCCCUUCCUUGAUCUCAGUUUUCCAGUGCAACAGCUUGUUUUGUUCUACUUCAGUCAUCACUACCAGCAAUAAGAUACUCAUUUUUAAACCCUUCUCAUCUUUUCUCUUAACUUGUUUUGUUGAUUGAUGCUGAUGAUUCUUUUAUAACCUUGACAUAAUGCAAACAUGACUUGCAACAAAGAAACAAAGACAUCUAACAACUGUAUUACCAGUCUUUCUCUCUGUAUGUGAAGAAUUAAUAAAAGAACAGAAUUGAGUGCAAAGCACCUCUUUUGGCAUGGAGAUUUUUUUUUUAAUUCCUAUUAUUUUUAAGAUGAAUGACUACAGAGCACUCCAGGAAAAUUUUCUAACUUCUAAGAUUUCAUAGCAGUGUUAGAAGUUACAGAUCCCAGCAAAAUGUAUGAAGACCUGGAGUCAGUAUACUCAAAAUUUCCUCCAGAACAGGAAUUCCCACCUUUGUGUGGCACCUGCUGCUACUAUGCACAGACUUGCCUUCAGAUUUCUUUCAUCCAUUUAACUAUACCAAGCAAUAGGUUUUGCUCUUGAUUUGAGCACCUUGGCCGUCCUUCCUCUAUGCUGUCUGCUUCCUUGCUAUGCCUUCUCACCUCCUUAACUCUUUGCAAAUGUGGAGAAUUAACAUCUCCAGAACAACCAGAGGUCUACAGCUCCAUUCUAAGCAAUUUGCUUCUGAGGCCCUGUCUAUAGCAUAUGAGUUCUCCAGAAAACCAGUAACUUUAAAAGGAAAUUAAUUUUACUCUAAUAACUGGGAAUUAAUAUGAUUCUAGGGAAUGGAUGUUUAUUAUUCUAGGAGUAUUAAUCCCAUUCUAAUUUCUUUAUUUUCAAAGAUCUUCAGUUAGAAUAAACCUAAUCGAUCAAAUCCCCAUUUGGUGCUUGAAUCUUUUCUUUAGUUAUGCAGAGGGUUAAAGCAUCAAUGCAUCUAUAAAUUCUUAACUCUUGAUUUUGCAGCUGUAAAGAGGAUAGAAUUCUGCUAUACACCUUCAUUGGUCAGCUGAGACUGGCCAAAUCUGUUACCCAUGAAGAUAUCUAAAAUUCAAUGUGUGAACAAAGAAAUGUGUCUAUUAAAUAAUCAUACCUUA